AUUGUUAUUCCCCCUUAAAACAACAUGGCGGCGCCCUUCAAUGUACACAAAAGUAUUGCAAAAAAACAUUGGAUGAUUUGUUGAAAUAAAUGUAACAAAGACUACUAUUUGAUGAUUAGCUGGUUUGUAACAGUCACUGUACGAUAUCGUAUAUAUUCUACUAUGUGUGACUGUUAGUUAAGUCACUUACUUAUAUCGACUAUGACUAAUAUACUUAUAAUUUAUAUGAUUUAAUUUUACCUACACCCCCCCCCACUCCAAAACCAAUUAUAAUUAGGCCUAUAAUUUAUGUUAUUGAUAAUGUUGUUGUUUUUUUUUUACUUUUAAGCUUUAUUUUUUAAAAUAGAAGUUAAGUAUAGGCAUGGAGCUCAGCCCCAGUGGCUUUUCCUAAAAAAAUAAAUCUCAAUUUACUUGGUAGGUUCUGGCUUUUUUUAAAAUGAUGCCCCAAUUUUUUACCGUGUAAUUAAUUCUUAUUUAAAUACAUUUUAUUUUAUGCUGAUCUGACUUCGAGUUUGAACCACGUCAAAUUUCACCAGUAACUUUAUUUUUAGCAAUGACUGUGAUAAUGUGACCUGCACUUUCCCCUGAAUAAUAUCUUAUAACAAUGGCUGAUACACAUCUGCAAAACAACAUUCCGUCCCUACAAAAACUCAUGCUUUUUUUGGUUAAAAUUCCUUCUUUUUUUUUUCGUUCAUAUUUUAUCAUUCUUUUAAAACAGUAUAAUAAAAAUAAUGUAACUUUAAAUCUAAGCAAAAUUUAAAUUAAAUUUUACAUGUUUCUUAAAUGUGCUUCCUUUUCAAUUAAGUUAGUUUAAAAUCUUCAUUUUUCCCCUUUAAAAAAAAUACUGUAUUGUUAUAGCAGUUUUCCCCAAGCCCGGACUUGAAUUAAAUACUACAUGACUUGAAUUAAGCACAUUUUUUUUUUUCAGAUAGCUGGACGACCCAAAAGCCAUUUCUUUGCUUUUUAUUCAGCUUAAAAGAAAGUCCUGACUGACAGCCACAUAAACUGAAAUACAAGACUUGAUUCUUUCACCAUCUGGACUUUUUUUUUUACUGUUGAAUGAAAGGAUGGCAUCUACUUGUGGCCUGGUUGUUCGUCAGUUCUCCACAUCUACCCGCCUGCUGAAGAAACCAAAUAUUUCUAAACCAAGAGUUCCAUGGACGGAGCGUAGAAUCUUGAAUGCUGUAACCAUUCCUUUAUUUCCUCCAGAUCCACGACCUUUGCCUCAAAAGUGUUUUGAUGAAUUAAAAUCUAAAGAGGAAUCUAAAAAUUCAGAGGUAAUAAAAAUAUAGACUUUAAAAAUAAUAAAUUUUUUUUUCUGCAGGUUUUCUCUCCUUUUGCUGAGUUACUAUCUCUGUAUAGUGUUGAUAACUAUUUUUCUUUAUUUUGUUUUUCCUUUUACAAAUCAUAGCUUUUAUGUUUACAUGAAGACAAUGCAAUCCUAAAUCUGAUCAUGCUGCAAAAUAAAAUGGUUUUACCACUUAUGCCGGGUCAGUUAUUUGGGAGAACCUAUGAAGUGGCCUACGGGUUGGCUUAGAUCAUUUCUCAAAUGUUAUUAAGAAUAUAAGCCAUCCAUCAUACUGUCAACUUUUCUCGGGGGAAAACUUCAUAAACAGUUAAAUAGCAUUAUAGUUAUAGCAUUAUGUUGAGAUUUUAUUUAAUUUGGAAACAUUUACUAAAAAUUUGUGGUGACUUUUUUUUGUUUUCUUCCCAGCUUUCUGCUGCAUAUCAGGCAUUCCGAUUACGGCAGACUGUGAAAAUGUUCAAUGAAAAUCAAAUGGUUGCGAUCUGUCAUAUUUUACCCAUGGCGAAAAGAGACGCAUUCAAUGUCAGAACAAAGAUUGUCACCGCUGGGAUGGGUUUCAUGUUUUCAAAUAACAAAUGGUCAAAGUAAGUGGUGGCUUACAAUAAACUGAGAUGGUGACAUGAUAAAAAUGUGUUAAAUUAACAAAAAAAUGCUCACAUUUUAAAGAUGCCAUACUGUUCAUUUGAGCUGUUGCUCUGUUAGUUGCUACUGAAUCCUCUUUUUCUUUUCUUUUGUUCAGCAUUAAUAUUAUUCUUAAUUGACACUUGUUUUAACCCUCAUUUUUUUUUUUUCAAUAUUAACAUUAUUUCAAUUGACACUUGUUUAGCCAUAAUUUUUCCAAGCGAUCCGUUGUAGUUAGCCUUUUUUUUUUCUUUUCUUUUACAGGGCAGCAGUUGAAAAUACACGAUUGCGCAAUUUGGAGCCAUAUUUUACUUCUGACAACGUAUACAUUGUUAGUCAGGAUAACAAAGUUAAAGAAAUGGUUGCCAUUUUACGAAAGACACCGGAGCUACAACUCCUAGGUACUUACUGUUACAGGACUGUUAUAGCACUCUGCCAAAAUCACAUUUAAUGUUCCAUUCAACUUGAUAAAUUAUCAUAUCGUUAUAAUUUGGCAAAGCUUUGAAUUACAUAACUGCAUCUCAAUCCCCUACCAAAGAUGUAAUUCUCUUAUGCACACCCAUCUCCUUUUCAACCUGCUGUUGCAACAGAAGUGUACCUUUCACCCUCAGUUUUCAUUCCAAGCAUUUUUAGGAAACAUCACAGUUGAUUAAAAAUAUUUAAAAUGCAAUAUGUGCCAAAAUUUUCAGUACAGAAAAUACGGCAUCUAACCCCACCCCCCACCCCCCAAUGACACCUGUUAACAUCAUAUUUCCGACGGAAGUUCUGCGCUUCAAGGAAAACAUUUCAUUGUUUAGCAUUAUUUCCACUGGUACUUCACUACACACACAGCCAUGCUUGGUCCACACUUUGAGAUCAACAACCCACGCUCAAAAUGAAAGUACCGGUAUAUCAAUUCUUUAUUAUUGUGGCCAUUGGCAGUUGAAAAAAUUGUCAUGACACUACCUCUUGUUCUCAUCUUCACUGACUGACUAGCUUGCACCUUCUCACUACAAUGAUCUCUCAGCAUACUGACCACAACAGAACUCCAUGAACAAACCCCAUGAACUGACCAUAAACACUCAAAAACCCCCUCCCCCUUUCAUAAACAAACUGUCUCAUGCUCCCAAAUCAGUUCAUUGCAUAAUUGUUUGAACGAAUGAUAACCACACACAUAUUCUCCAGCAUUUGCCCUUGAAAAGUCUAAUUUGAAAGGGCCAGACAUGUUAGCAAGGAUGGGGUAUUGUGGUGGAAAAAUUUUUACCAUGGUGUAGAAGGAUCUAGAUACCUUGACUUCCCAUUCACUUGAUCUUACACCAGCGCAUGUCUAUGUGGGAAUUGUCAAAGGAACGUGUGUUUAGCUGUGAAGAUCCAUUAAGAACUGUGCCCACAUUUUGCGAGGGAUUUAUCUCUUUCUUGCAGGAGUCUGCCAAACACCAUUGCUUAUGGCUCUGUUUGAGAAUCUGAACGCUUACUUUAGCGAGUGAUGCACACAGACACAUAAGAAUACCAUGUUAAAUCAGUGUGUGUAUAAGCGGUUGUUUUAUUUUUGCCAAAUCAACACACUAAACAUUUCCUCUCAGGAAAUAUAAACUAAGAGAUUAUACAAAAUUAUAUUGCUCAGCUUUUCUUUCAGUAAAUUUAUUUUUUUUGUGCAUGUUGUAUUUAUCAUUUUGUCCCGUUUAAAAAAAACUAGAUUGUCUCCCCCUGAUAUCUGACAUCUUCAACAGUGACAGCUUAGUCAUAAUAAUAUCAUUGCUGUUCAAUAUCUGACAUGUUCCCCAGUGACAGCUUAGUCAUACCAUAGCUCUUCAAUAUCUGACAUGUUCCCCAGUGACAACUUAGUCAUAUCAUGGCUCUUCAAUAUCUGACAUGUUCCCCAGUGAAAGCUUAGUCAAAUCAUGGAUCUUCAAUAUCUGACAUGUUCCCCAGUGACAACUUUGUCAUAUCAUGGCUCUUUGAAAAUUUAUUCUUUUUUUUCUGUUUCAGGGGGUCUUGUUGAAAAUCAAAUAUUAUCUCGGGACAUGAUGAUGAACAUCGCCAAAUUGCCACCUCUAGAUGUUUUACGAGGUGAGCUCGUGUCCAUCUUGUCUGCAUCUGCUGCCAAAACAUCUCGGCUGCUUGGCAAGCACCAACAGGAUCUGGCCAUCAACCUGGACCAGUUGGUUAAACAAGGAUCAGCCGAUGCUGAAGCUAAGGAGGGCAAUGAGGAAUAGUGUUGUUUGAUUUAAUUUUUAGGUUCACUGACUAGUUUUCUGGUCCAGUUUGUUUUAUUAUGAAACAUGCCCAUGUCAUUUUGCCAAAUGCGAUGCCAGCAUUCAUGUAUGUGAGCAAAUAUUUCACAAAUAAAAGGUCAUUAUUUUAACUUAAAGUUUCUUCAAAGUUAUUCAAUUUAUUCUGUCUCCUUUGUUUUCCUCAGAGACCAUCCUCAUAUAACUAUAACAUACACAUUUUGGGAGUUCAAUCAAAUUAGGAAAUUUUGUUUACUUGGUUGGGAUUCAUGUUGAUAGUUAAAUUAAUGAUAGAGAUGGUUGUAUUAAUAUAUUGUUUUGAUUUAUAUUCAUAUGUGGAGGGGGGUCAAAUUGAAUGGUUGGUUAAACUUUGAGGGGAGAGGUCAUAUAAAAGAUAUAUGUAGAG